AUGGCUUUGGCUUCUACUUUUAUUUGUUUCCUUCUAUCUCUUCUUCUGAUUUUAGUUCAGGCAAAUAGCAGCAAUGAUUCUAUUUGUCCAAAGUCCUUUUCAUGUGGAACUCUUACUAACCUGAGCUUUCCUUUCUCUCUUUCCACACAACCUAACUGUGGAAUUAUUUCUAUGUCUGGUUGUGAUGCUAAAUCAUUUCCGAAAAUCCAACUGCUUCCUGAAGAAGAUUGGUACUAUGCUUUACGGAAGCUUAAUUCAUCAGUUUGGCUUGGGGACCCGAAGCUUGAAACCAUGUUGAGGCAACACAAUUGCCAGGCUUUUAACAAAAAUUUCUCCCUUCCAAACUCUCCUUCUAUUUCUUUCAAUAUGCUUAAUGUUUACAACUUCUUCAAAUGCAACACUACCAGUAAUAAUCCCAUAAACGUUACCCAGAAGAAGAACGAUCGUUUUGCUGGUUAUAAUAUGUACAAUGGCUGUGAAGGCUUUAGCAUACACUACAAGCUUUCCCGAGCUGGUGAUGAAUACAUAGGAGCAGACUGUACACUUAUCAGAUUGCCAAUUCAGUCAAGUCAUGGUGAUCUGUUCAACUGGUUAGGUCCCGAAAUUCUAGUAGAAUGGAAACUGUCUGAUGAUUGUUACCAAUGUCACUAUGGUGGAGGUCAAUGCCAGACUGAUAAAACCAACAAAUUUUAUUGUCAGAAAGAUGUUAGCAAUCUAAUAGCAGGGACAUCAAAAAGGGGUCACCUAUGGACAACCUGGCUCUCGGUGGCCACAGGUGCAACUUUGUUUACUGUUGGACUGUUGGUUUUACUCUGCUUCAGAGAAAAAAAAUUGUGGUACAAAUACCUCAGGUUUUGGGAGUCUAAUGCUGAGGAUCACCAGAAAGUUGAAGCAUUCUUAGAGAACUAUGGGUCAUACUUUCCAAAGAGAUACAAUUAUUCAGACAUCAAAAGAAUCACUGGUCGCUUUAGAAGCAAACUAGGCCAAGGAGGAUUUGGUAAUGUAUACAGUGGAAGCUUGCGUAACGGGAGUCAAGUAGCAGUGAAGGUCCUGAAUGAACUAAAAGGCAGUGGUGAAGACUUCAUUAACGACGUGGCAAGUAUUAGUAGGACAUCGCAUGUUAACAUUGUGAGCCUUCCAAAUAAAUUGUUUCACAACCUCUACUUAAAAUAA